GCGUGUGCGAGCGGGGCAGGAGGCGGCGCUCGGCAGAACUUGAUCCGCUCCGCGGAGUCCGAGCUGGAGCUGUCGCUCGGCGGCAGCAGCAGCAGCAGCAGCAGGAGGCUGCGGGUUUCGGCUCCAGCCCCGGGCGGAGGCGCUGAGCGGAGCAGACGGCAGCCGCGCGGGAGGAAUUGUUCAUAUAUGGAGAUAAAACCAUGAAGAGAAAGCAGAACGACUAAUAAUGCUUUUCCGAAAUCGUUUUCUGAUCUUGCUGGCUUUAGCAGCCUUAUUGGCCUUUUUGAGCCUCAGCCUACAAUUCUUGCACUUAAUCCCAGUCAACCCAGUCAAGGAAGAUGGGCUGAACCCUAAGAGCCGAAAGAGAAUAAUGCCUGAUCCUCUGACUGAACCCCCUGCAAUUGAUCCUAUUUAUGAAGCUCGUGUUUACUGUAAUGUUCCUAGCAUAACUGAACGCAGCAUGGAAGGUCAUGCACCACAUUAUUUUAAGCUUGUGUCUGUCCACGUGUUGAUUCGCCAUGGGGAUAGAUAUCCACUUUAUGCCAUUCCCAAAACAAAAAGACCAGAGAUCGACUGUACAUUGGUGUCUAGAAGGAAGCCAUCUCACCCUCAACUUGAAGCUUUUAUUAGGCAUAUGUCCCAAGGCUCAGAAGCCCAAAUGGAUGGCACCCUGAGCAGCCUGCCUCGUUACCCCAGUCAUUCUUUGUGUGAAAUGGGAGAACUUACACAGACAGGUGUUGUACAGCACUUACAUAAUGGACAGCUAUUACGGGAAAUUUAUAUAAAGAAACAUAAACUGCUAUCAAGUGAUUGGACAGCAAAGCAUCUCUACUUGGAAACAACAGGAAAAAGUCGAACCCUGCAGAGUGGGCUAGCACUUCUGUAUACUUUCCUUCCAGAUUUUGAUUGGAAGAAAAUUAACAUAAAACAUCAGUGGAGCACUAUCUUUUGUUCUGGAAGCUGUGAUUGCCCAAUGAGAAACCAUUACCUAGAAGAGGAGCAACGCCGCCAGUAUAGCUUAAGGGUGAAAAACAGCCAUUUGGAGAGAACAUAUGUGGAUAUGGCAAAAAUAGUAGGCAUUCCCACUAGGCAAUUAAGAGCUUCUAACCCAAUAGAUUCUAUGUUGUGCCAUUUUUGCCACAAUGUCAGUUUCCCUUGUACUAAAAAUGGCUGCAUUGACAUUGAACACUUUAAGGUAAUUAAGACACACCAGUUAGAGGAUGAGAGAGAGAGACAAGAAAAGAAACUUUAUUUCUGGUAUGCACUACUGGCUAUUCAUCCUCUCCUUAAUCAGACUGUUAACCGGAUGCAGCGCAUUGCAGAAGGCAAGAAAGAAGAAUUAUUUGUCCUUUACUCAGCUCAUGAUGUAACCUUGUCACCUGUUCUCAGUGCCUUGGGCAUUACAGAAGCCAGGUUUCCAAGAUUUGCAGCCAGAUUAGUCUUUGAGUUGUGGCAGGAUGGGAAAAAACCCAGAGAACACUUUAUCCGCAUCCUAUAUAAUGGGUUUGAUGUCACAUUCCAGACCUUGUUUUGCCAGGAGCAUAACAUGCAUUCCAGCAAGCCCAUGUGUCCUCUGGAAAAGUUUGUUCAUUUUGUCAAAAGGGGCAUGUUUUCAGUUUUUAAUGGCACUAAUUAUUAUGAUGCAUGUCGCAGGAGACCAUUUUAAAGGGGGGUGUUGAGGAGAGGAAGAAAUGUUAAUUUGUGUUUUGACACAAGGUCUGUGUGUCUGUAUUGGUGGAGGGGGUCGAGUUCACCUUUUGGGUUUCCCAGUUCUUGUACAUUAAAGUACAAAAUAUUGCUUGAAACAGAUUUUAAUACAGUUGUAUUUUCAUCAGAAGACAUUCUAGAUGUUCUGGAGUAGAAAAUAAUUUGCUAGGUUAUUUUAGUAUGCAUAUGAACACAUUUGCUAAAUUAUCUGUAAUUAAUUGAUAAGUUAAAUAUGCUACUGUAAACUGGACAUUGCUUGAAAAAGUUUGAGAGUAUAGGUUUGGUUCCUCUGUAUUCUAGGGCAAUAUUUGGACACUGCAAGUUACCAUUUAUAAACAAAAUGGGUUUUUUCCACCAUAUUAUCAUGAUAGUUUUAAUACAUAAGGAGCACACUGGAUCAAAAGUAUUUUAUGAAUUCCAACCAUCUGUAGUAUAGUCUUGCUAAAGAAAUCCUGUGAAAGGAACAUCCUUCCCUUUGCCAGAAAUAUUAGGGGACAAGUUGGCGGAAAUACACGCAUGUGUUUGAGCAUGCGCAAAUGUAUGCAUGUUUUUUUGCACACAGCCUUCUGAAAACUUGUCCCUCAGGUAGAUAUGCUGGAUGAAUGGAUAUAAACUUCUCUUCUUUUCUUCUUUGGCCUGGUCCACACUAACCCCCCACUUCGAACUAAGGUACGCAAAUUCAGCUACGUUAAUAACGUAGCUGAAUUCGAAGUACCUUAGUUCGAAUUUACCGUGGGUCCAGACGCGGCAAGCAGGCUCCCCCGUCGAUGCCGCAUACUCCUCUUGCCGAGCUGGAGUACCGGCAUCGACGGCGAGCACUUCCGGGAUCGAUUUAUCGCAUCUAGACAAGACGUGAUAAAUCGAUCCCAGAAGAUCGAUUGCUUACCGCCAGACCCGGAGGUAAGUGUAGACCUACCCUUUGAUUGCACUUUCAGCACUUUCAUAAAUAGUUUGAACACAAUCCAGAAAUGUUAAGGGUGUGUGACUGUCACUAGAAACAGAUAAGUAAAUGCUAAUGUUACAGAUAAACAUGAGGGGGAAAUUAGAACAGUAAAUCAGUCUAAUGGCAAAAUUUUUGGAUCUUUCCUUUUAGUAAUUGUAUUCAUGCUGAUAGACUGUGGUACAAACCAAUGUGUUUCAGUCUGAUGUUGUGGUUGUGUGAGGCAGAAAGACAGCUUGACUAAACGCUCAGAAAUUUUGUAGUCCAACUAGUAUUUUUAUAGACUAGGAAGAUGUUAUUUUAUAAGACGAGUCUGGUACAUACUGUAUUGUGUGUAUGUGUAGCACACUAAAUUUUUCUUACCUGCUUGGUUGGCAGAGGGCUGUGAAAAGCUGAUUUUUGUAGGUGCUUUCCCUUGAUCAGGAUAAACAGACUUAGGAACAAACUAGCUUUUAUGGAUGAUUUACCUUGAGCCACCAUAGUAGGUAUGAAAACUCCAUUUUUAAACUACUUUCAUCUCUUACAAGUAGUUAAUACAGAUCCAAUUUUUAAUACAAAUGUUUGAAAAGGAUUUUCAUUACUAGAGUAUUGCAUUUUAUAAUGGUGGAGUUUUUUACAUGUCUAGAAAUAAUUAUGAUUUAGUUUGUGGUUUGUGACUUAAUGGUGCUAGUUAAUCAAAGAAAAUGUAACUGAACAUGAGAUUCUCUAACUUGAUCAGCAUUCCUGUCUCUCUCUCUUUCUCUCUCGUUUUCAAAUGCUGAAUUUGAAUACGUUUCUAUAAAUAAAGUUUUGGGGAAUAUUUGUA